UACUGUGCGCUCUGCUGCAGAGCUACUUUGGUGCAAGUUCACUCGUGAAGUUUUUUCGUUCGUGAUACAAAUACUGAGCGGUGGUGUUGUGGCCUCGCUCGGGAAUGCAGUGCUCGUGAUGGCUUGCCUCCUCCAGCUGAAACAAGACAUUCAGACGCUGCAAGCGUCCUUUCCCAAGAACCACGAAAUUUUCCAGGUAGUCACAGCAUCCGUGGACGAGCUAAUCUGUCGGUUCAUAGGACGCAACUCGAAACGAUACGAGAUCCACGCGAAUAUCACGGAAACCUACCCUCAGACGCCGCCGGUAUGGUUCAGCGACACAGAGGAUCCUGCUAUAACUAACAUCGUGCAAAUGUUGACCAACACCUCCGGACCGGACAACCAUAUACUCGCACAGGUCCGCGUUCUCGUGCGGGAGUUGUGUAAAGUGCACAGUUUCAGCGAACCCCUCGAGCUGGAAAAAAUGGAGCAAGCCGCAUCGGCGAUUCUCCUUUCACCUCCCCCGUCGGCGCCCUCGGAUGCUCCUUCGGACGACGACGAAGAACUGGAAGAGAUGGAUAUGCACAUCGAAAUGGAAGAAGAGAGCGCCACUGAAAACAACAAGGAAGAAGUGGACGGCCUAUCGGUGGAGCACGUCGUCACGUUAGAACGACUGCGGCAGAAUCAGCGGAAGGACUACCUAGAAGGCAACGUGUCGGGAUCGCUGCAAGCCACUGACCGCCUCAUGAAAGAACUCAAGGAGGUGUAUCGCAGCGACUCGUACAAAAGCGGAGUCUUCGAGGUAGAGCUUGUGAACGAUUCUCUUUACGAAUGGAACGUGAAGCUCUUCCGAGUCGACCCCGACUCUCCUUUGCACUCCGACAUGAACGUGCUCAAGGACAAGGAGGGCAAAGACCACAUACUCCUCAACAUGUUGUUCAGGGAUAACUACCCGUUCGAGCCCCCUUUUAUCCGAGUGGUAACACCUGCAAUCUCCGGAGGCUACGUGUUGGGCGGUGGAGCCAUCUGCAUGGAGUUGUUAACCAAACAAGGUUGGAGUUCGGCGUAUCCGGUCGAAGCUAUCAUCGUGCAGAUCGCCGCUACCUUGGUAAAAGGCAAAGCACGCAUCCAGUUCGGCGGCAAUAGAGGACAGUACUCGCUUGCAAGAGCCCAACAGAGCUUUAAGAGCCUCGUUCAAAUACAUGAGAAAAAUGGCUGGUUCACACCCCCGAAGGAGGACGGCUAAAACACCGGUCGAACAUCCUUUUCUAAUUUUGGCUUUCACCAUUAUUGGAGCCAUUCAACCAAUCCUGCAAAUAGCUAUGUAUUGUAUCAAAGAACUUAAGACAAGAUAAUACUGUAUGCCUGAGCGUGUAUGAUCGAUCGGAAGACCGAUGGGUUCGAAUUCGUCAGUGCAGACGAUUGUUGAAUAUGUGAUGAAUUACUCUUUUUUUUUCUCCACCGUGGUUUUAUGUACGAUGCCGCGCUUUCCCCAACCAAUCCCAAACAUUACUUCCCCCAACAUGUUCCCCCCGACCCGUGCGGCCCCGUCGUCCUAACCGGCGAAACAACGAGGUCCACGGUGAAAUUACAUCCCUCGAUCGCAAUGCCGCGACUCAUCCGCCACAUAGCGUACGGUUCCGAUCCGUCCGCUCCGUUUCUCUAUCGCGUGCGAAUCAACAUGGAAGUUGAUGCAGCCGGCGCAGCAUUUACACCUUGACGUCGUCGACGUCGUCGUAGAUCCGCGGCCGCCACUAGAAUUGUCUGCAAACUUGUUGAUGAUGAUGAUGACCAUGAUGAUGAUUCGAACCCAGAAGUUGUAUCGAUGAUGAAAAACGUGUGAGGUUUCCCGGUUGGAUGACAUUACAUCGCCACUGGGUUUUAGCUAGUUAAUGGUAUAAAAUUGACGCCGGAUCUAGGGUGUGACAUGAUUGAUUUACGAAAUUAUGGCGGAGGAGGAGACGUGUACGAUUAGGAUCAAGGAUCUGAGGCAGUUGUACAAUAGGAACGUCGUGGAGCGACCGUUUGUCCAGCAGAAAACGGCUUAAGCGUGUAGAACGAUUAAGAAUAUGAUGAUGAUGAUAAGUACAUAUGGCGCU